GAUGAUAAUAUACUGAAGCCGAGAUGACGAAUAGGGCCAUGAAGGGGGUUAGUGAGAUAAUAUAGAGUGCAUUGUGGAAUGCUAAAGUAUUGUGAUAAGUGACAUACGUUGCCAAACCCCGAAAAGGUCGGGGUUUGGCAAUGUUCAGAAACAUGUUUACCUAAAGUAAACUUCUUAAGGACGGGUUUCCUUUCUUUUCACUGGUUGCUGUCUUCUUCUUACUCCACUAACAAGCGACGUUCGCAAAACUGUGCCGCCUUUGGACCGACACCCCACGAUUUAUAACGAUAAUUACAACAACAACAACAACAACCGCAGCAGCAUCAUCAUCAUCAUCAUCAUCAUCACGAACAAAUAUGGCUAGCAGCACGCUAAAGAUUGCCGUCAUCCCAGGUGAUGGCAUCGGGACUGAAGUGAUGCCUUAUGGUGUCCGAUGUCUCGAAGCGGCGGCUGAGGUAUUUGGUAUUUCUUUGAGCUUUCAGAGCUUCGACUUUGCUAGUUGUGACUUUUACAAGAAGCACGGAGACAUGCUACCGCCGGACUGGAAGGAGACCCUUAGCGGAUUUGAUGCCAUCUACUUCGGCGCUGUUGGGAUGCCGAACCAGGUUCCGGAUGAGGUAUCGUUGUGGGGGAGCUUGUUGAAGUUCAGACGGGAAUUCGAUCAGUAUAUUAACCUUCGCCCGUGCCGGCUGCUGGCCGGUGUGGAAUGUCCUUUGGCCGGCCGAAAGCCUGGAGACAUCGACUUCUGGAUCGUACGGGAAAAUACGGAAGGCGAGUACAGCAGCAUCGGAGGUAAGAUUUUCGAGGGUACGGACAGAGAAACUGUCAUCCAGGAGACCGUGAUGACUCGCACCGGUAUCGACAGGGUUCUUCGGUACGCGUUCGACCUCGCGCAGAGCCGGCCGCGGAAGCGUCUUACAAGCGCUACCAAGAGCAACGGCAUCAGCAUCACUAUGCCGUACUGGGAUUCUCGUGUUCGCGAGAUGGCGAGCAAAUACCCCGAGGUAAACGUGGAUAAGUACCACAUUGACAUCUUAACUGCGCACUUCGUCCAGCGACCUCAGAUCUUCGACGUGGUCGUGGGUAGCAACUUGUUCGGCGACAUCCUGUCAGAUCUUGGCCCCGCGUGCACGGGUACGAUCGGGAUUGCGCCGUCGGCUAAUAUCAACCCAGACCGGAAAUUCCCGAGCCUGUUCGAGCCUGUGCACGGCAGUGCGCCUGAUAUUGCUGGUAAGUGCAUCGCUAACCCUGUUGGCAUGAUCUGGGCGGGACAGAUGCUACUCCAGCAUUUUGGUUACCAAGACGCUGCUGCGGCGAUCCUACAGGCUAUUGAGACGGUGCUCGCGGAGAGAGACCAGAGCGUUAUUACUGCUGAUAUGGGCGGUAAGGGCACGACUAAAUCUCUGGGAGAAGCUAUUGAGGCUGCCAUCUUAGCGGCUAAGAAGUAAAGCACUCGUGCCUUGGGAACGUUGCUUGCUGUAUAGCUCCAUGCGUUCGAUACAAACUACCUAACGCC